UAAAGGUAACCUUACUUAGGCUUGAACAACCAACUAAGGCCUCUUCAAAACCCCUUAAAUUAUAACUUAUAAUAUCUCCAAUACUUGCAAAAUACAAAGGAAAAAAAAAUGGUUAGUCCAUCCAUUAAUUCCCAUAAUUUUCCUCUAAAAUUCCUUUGUAGCUAUGGUGGCAAGAUUAUCCCCCGUCAAACCGAUGGAAAACUCCGGUAUUAUGGUGGCGAAACUCGUGUCCUCUCCGUUGAUCGUUCCAUUUCAUUCACAGAACUAUUAGUGAAGCUAGGGGAGAUGUGUGGAUCGUCAGUGAGUUUAAGAUGUCAGUUACCAAACGAAGAUCUAGAUGCUCUUGUAUCGAUAACAUCUGACGAAGAUUUAGCCAAUUUAAUCGAAGAAUAUGAUCGUGUUUCAAAAAUAUCAUCGUUUCUCAAGAUGAGGGCUUUUUUAUAUCCACCAAAAUCCACAAAAAAAGUUGUAUCUCCUACACCUUCUAUUGCUUCUACCUCAUCUACCAAUAGUACCACUAUCAGCAACCCUGAUGUCACGUCAUCACCAAGUUCAUUUUGUUCAACCGUUACUAGCCCUCCUACAUCAACGAGGCAUCAUGAUUGUCCAAGACCAUAUAAGAAAAUGGCACGAAAUUCUUUAGAUGAAACAAUUAGCGGACGCAUACGUCAUAUUAGAACAAGAUCGUCACCGGUAUAUGAUGAUGAAAUCAAGUGAAACUCUCUUUCAUUUAGACGCAAAAUUUUACUAACCUCAAGAUGGGAAUUCAGUGGUCAGAGUCAUUUGGUCCGAAUGCUACCUGAAGAAGAGUUGUACCUAGGUAAUUAUUAUAUGUCUUCGUGUUUAUUUUUUAAAUCAAAGUCGAUAUAAAUAUUUGAAAACUUCUACUCAUAAUUAAAGUGUUCUUUAUCAAAGACGAGUUCAUUCUUAAGCCUUGAAAUUGAUAACUCUAAUUAAAAAUGAAAAAAUACUUAUUCACUGAAUCACUAAAUUUUUGUUCGAGUAUAUGCAAAAUAACUACUAUAAAUGCUCCACAUGGUUUCUAUUUUAAUGUCAAACUAUAAAAACUUUGACUAACAUUUUAAGAUGUAUUUUUUCAUCAUAUUAAUACGUAAAUUGUAAUUUAGAGUACUUUCCAUAUAGUUUUAGACUGUUUAAUUAUUUUUUUUAAAUUUCGAAUUAAUAUGAUCUAAUUUAAUUUUAAAAAUUAAUCAAAUUGACUUUCGAAUAGCGUAACAUAAUAAAUAUUGUCAGACGGACGGAGUAAAAGGCAGUAAAGAGUUUUUAACUUCUAUGAAUUGAUCAUUUUAAAGAAGUUCGUUAUCUUUUUUAAAAAUUUUAAACUAUAUGGCUCGUACAAUUAUUGCCACAAAAGUGCAUACUUGUGAUAAUUAAAUCGAUAACGACGUACAUACAAGUUUAAUACAAUAUUUGCCUAUAAUACGAAAAUUACAUUUAGGAUACUCAUAUCAAAGUAUUGAUUUUCUAAAGUCCUUGUAUAUAUUAUUAUCUCUAAUCUCUAUCACCUUUUCACACACGGUACAACAUGUGCUUCAUUUGAUGUGACUUUUCUAGAGCUUAUAUUAAGAGUAAUUUUUCUUAAUUACUAAUGCAUAUUUAAUUUAUUCAUUACUCCCAAGAACCUUUUUUUUUCAAUUAAAAGAAGCUUCGAAAGAAUCAUGAUAUUUAGCCUCCUAUUUUGUCUUACUUAAAUUUAUAAUAUAGGUUGAUAUUUCAUUGCUUACUUGCUAGUGAUUAUAAGUAUUCAUGAACAAUUGUUCCAAUUGGUGAUUUUCCUUUAUUAGCAUAUUAUAAAGGGGAGAAAAAAGAGCUUUUAGUGACAAAAAAUUAAAUAAACUAAAUUGGAUAUCGCAGUUGGAGGAAAAUUAUGUUUUGUUCUUUUAUAAAAGGUAUGAUACAAAAACGUUUUCUUUAAUUUGACUUCGACGGUAUUUUAGGUCUUUACAUUUUGAAAUUGAAUAAGUAGAAAAUACAUAUUUGUAUAAAAUUAAACAAGUACAUAUAUGUAUUCUACGUGUCAAUCACUUGAGACGUGAUGUAAGACACUUGUAUUUAUUAGUUUAAUUUUAUAUGCUCAUCUACGCCUAAUAUUGAAGAAUAUGAAUAUGAGUUGAAUCUAAAUUAAGAGGUACGGUUUAUAUGUUAUGUAUUUAUAAAAACUUUGAGAACUUUAUUGAAGUGAAGAAGAUAUAGUUCCAUCACCAUGGGUCCAUGACAACUUGUAAAUGAAAAGAGCCAUUCUAUGUAAAGAGAUUAAGAAGUCCAAUUAUCAUUAUUAUUAUAAUGAAAAUAAAGGAUAAUAAUUAAAAAAAAGUGAAGAAAAGGACUUUUUUUUUCUUUUUGGCGUUGGAGAUGUGGAGGAAUAAUAUCACCAUAAAUUGUGGAGUUAGCAAAUUUCUCUGUCUAUUCAAAUGAAUAAAGCAAAUAUUUCAAAAUUGAAAAAAUAAAAAAAGAAGAGAGGAGGGAAAUGAUUUGAUGAAGAUAAAGAAAAAGUGGUUUAAGGUAAAGCUACCCCACCAAUGCCUGAUCUUUUAUGAUCUUAACACAUUAGUAGAAAGACAAAAGAAAAAAGGUUUUGAAUUCUCUUUGACUAAGAUGGUGAAAUGUUAGUAUUAAUCACCAAAAAAAAAUUAAAAAUUAACUCAUUUGUGAGAAAAACAUCCUUUCUAAUAGUGACAUAGUUAAACUAGAAUAAUUUCAUGACUUGACUAUUCUAGUAGAUGAAAUUCAAUUUUCAUACAUAAGAAAAAAAAUUACUAGUACUCUACAUUUACUUUCAAAUUGUUGAUCAUAAUUUUUUACUUUGAAAAGCUUUUAUCUUUUUCUGUUGGAGUUCUAUACGGUGUUCAGUAUUCAUAUUGAAGUUUGACUAUUUUAAAUUUGUGUAGAACCUUAUUUAGGAGGAUAUACUCUUUAUCGUGUAAUUUUUUAUAUUUAAUGUUCUAACGCAAGACCUCUGGUGAGAGUAGCCUUAUCCACUGCAGCAUACCUUUGGUUGUGAAAUUUUUUUUGUCUUGUUGGUACUAAAAGGAGUUCCAAAUGUCAUAAUUUCACCAACAAGGAUUAUGGUGGAGUAACAAGCUAAGUAUUUCAUAAUCCUUAACCAGAUGUCUUGGUUCGAAUCCCCUUGGAUAUGGAGUCACCUUUAUUAGAAAAUGUUUUAUUUCAAUGUGGAACUUCCUGGCGCGAAUCUAAAUGUAGUCAGAUUUGAAACUCAAUAGCAAACAAAAUAGAAAAGAAAAAACAACACUACAAAUGUAUAAAGUUUAGGGAGAUGAUAAGAAUAGAGUUGAAGAAUGUUAAAAUGUUUCACAAUGAUUAAUGAGCUGGUUGAAACUUUA